GCGCUGUACGAGAAUUAGUGGUAGCAUGCAGGCCGGUCGGUGCAUAAAUUUUCAGUUGUUUAUUUUAGUAAUUUGGCGCUUUAAAACAGUCUCAAUAGCUUAUAUUUAAAUCAGGAUUGAUAUAUUUGAUAUGUUUUAAUUUGUAAUUUACACAUUGACUGACCAGUCACGAUUAUUCUUUAGAAAAUCAAGAACUUGUUUCUACUUUCGUUUUGUCAUUCGGAAAUCCUCGGCAGUUUUCCCUAUGAAAUCUCUCCUUCCUGAUUUAUUUUUUGUAAAAUAAAGACACCAAAUAAUUACUCAGUCGACAUGCGUUAUUUUGAGAACAAAGCUCAAGACUAUACACCAGGGUCUUCGGUAGAAAUCAACAAGUCCAAUUGGAUGCUUCAGGUUUCUCAGAUAGCGGAGUCGAUUGUGGAGGGUAUGCCAGCCACUCCUGACAACUGUGAUGGGGGACUUUAUGUUGGGAAUGCUGGCAUAGCAUAUAUGUUUUAUUAUCUAGCGCAAAAUGAAGCAUUCAAAGAUAUGCGAUCAACAUAUUUAGAAAAAGCCGUUAUGUAUGCAAAUGUUUCACAAGAGCAUGUCAAGCAUUCAAGCCGGGACAAGGCAUCUUUCAUUCUUGGAGAAGCUGGGGUACAGGCUGUGUCAUGUCUUAUUUAUGAAGCCACAGGAUCUUCAAGUGCUGCAGAAAAGUUUGCAAAGAAGUAUGCGGAUCUUUCUGAAAUUUGUCUUCCUAUAAAAUUUUUGAGAUGUGGAUCAGAUGAACUUUUUGUUGGUAGAGCUGGGUAUCUAUGCGGAAUAAUGAAUCUACACAAGAAACUUGGGCGACAGGUUGUUAGUGAUGGAGUUAUUCAGAAAAUCUGUUCAGUUGUAGUUGAAUCUGGGCGUAAAUAUGUGGAAAGAAAUCCUUCAAUUCCCCUUAUGUAUGCUUACUAUGAUACAGAAUACCUAGGUGCUGCACACGGAAUGUCUUCAAUACUUCAAAUGUUGAUGUGUUUCCCAUCGUUUCUCAAGUCGAGCCCAGAUAUAGAAAAAAUUGUCCGUUCUGGAGUUGACUACAUGCUGUCGUUGGAACAGGAGAAUUAUAAUUAUCCUCCUGCGAUGGACGAAGUGAAACGUCGCCGACCAGACAAAGAAGAAUUGGUCCACUGGUGCCAUGGAGCUCCUGGUGUUGUCUAUAUGCUUGCACGAGCCUACAAGGUGUGGAAUGAUGACAAAUAUCUCCAGGCGUGUUUAAGAUGUGGGGAGCUGACCUGGCGUAGAGGGCUACUGAAGAAGGGGCCAGGGAUUUGCCAUGGGGUGGCAGGCAGUGGAUAUGUUUUCUUACUAUUGUACAGACUUACAGGUGAUCAGAAGCAUUUGUACAGAGCCCUGAAGUUUGCCGAAUUCUUAUUUACGCAGGAAUUCCAACAAGCUAGAAUCCCAGAUAGCCCUUACAGCUUAUACGAGGGUUGGGCUGGCACAGUUUGUUUUCUGGCAGACCUACUGCAGCCUGACAAGGCAGAGUUCCCAUUCUUUGAUGUGUUUGUGGACUGAUAUAAUCAAGAUAUGUAUUGCUGUUGAUCAGUUAAAAUCUGCCAGUGUUUUAUUGUCACUUGUAUUAGCGAGCAGAACGAUCAGUGAAUGAAGAACAGUCUGUUAUACUUAAAAAGUAUAACUAUAUAUUAAGCACUAAUUCUUAGCAUGGUACACGUGGCUUUGUCUAUGAAAUUGAGAUACAAAUGUGCUGCCAAUUUUUUACAGUGCAAAAUGGCUUUUGUCUAUGAAAUCGUGAAUUAAACGCAGUAAGUAUUCUUAACUACGCAAUAUGGCUUAUUUUAAUGAAAUUCAGAACUCAGAAAUGUUUUUUUGUCUGUAACACUGCAGUAUUGCUUAUGUUUAUGAAAUUGUGAAAUUAAAGUAAUGCAGAUUCUUGAUAUUCCGAAAUGGCUUUUGUCUAUGAAAUUUCGGUAUGGCUUUUGUCUAUGAAAUUGAGAUAUUAAAGUAAUGCAGUUUCUCAGUAUUCCAAAAUGGCUUUUGUCCAUGCCGUUGCGAUAUUAAAUAUUGCUUUUGUUUAUGUAAUUGUGAAAUUAAAAUGAGACAUUUUUAGCUCGACUAUUCGAAGAAUAGGGGAGCUAUCCUACUCGCCCCGGCGUCGGCGUGAGCGUGAGUGUCACACAAAUGUUAAAGUUUGCGUACCACCCCAAAUAUUUUCAAAGUCCAUUGAGAUAUUGCUUUCAUAUUUUGCAUACUUGUUUACCAUCAUGACCCCAGUCUGUAAAAAGGAGGAGGCAACUCUAUCAAGCAUUUUGACUGAAUUAUGGCCCCUUUUCGACUUUGAAUAAAUGUUAAAGUUUGCGUACCACCCCAAAUAUUUUCAAAGUCCAUUGAGAUAUUGCUUUCAUAUUUUGCAUACUUGUUUACCAUCAUGACCCCAGUCUGUAAAAAGGAGGAGGCAACUCUAUCAAGCAUUUUGACUGAAUUAUGGCCCCUUUUCGACUUAGAAUAAGUGUUAAAGUUUGCGUACCACCCCAAAUAUUUUCAAAGUCCAUUGAGAUAUUGCUUUCAUAUUUUGCAUACUUGUUUACCAUCAUGACCCCAGUCUGUAAAAAGGAUGAGGCAACUCAAUCAAGCAUUUUGACUGAAUUAUGGCCCCGUUUCGACUUAUAGUAUGCUUAUUGUAAUGUUAAAGUUUUACUCAUAGCUUAUGUUAUACUAUCAAGCACUGAGAAUAGUCGAGCGCGCUGUCCACUGACAGCUCUUGUUAAUACAUGAAAUGGCCUUUAUCUAUGAAGUUGCAAAACAAGAAAAUGCCAUUUGAAAGUUACUCCAUCUUCUCUACCAUUGCUUAUACAGUAGUAUGAGAGAACUUACAAUUGUUUAUACAAGUGCUAGAAAUUGCUUACAGUUCAGUAAAACCUGUCUGCUUUGGGAGUAUGUUAGACAAAUAUAAGUGUUGUCAAAUCAACAGUUUUUAAGGAAGGAUUUAUUUUGACUUUAUUUGCCAUUGUCCAUAUUCGUGAAGGUAUCCAUAUCGCUAUGAAUCACAUUAUAUGACUCGCAAGUGGGUUUAUAUUAAUCUUGAAUAUUUUACUGCAUGAAACGAUUCCAGUUCUGAGCGACAUUUUAGCUUUGCGAAUAUACCUUAUUUCACAGGUUUGUGAUGCUCGAAUUAUUUAUAGGCUUAAAACUGAGAUGUGCGUUGAAGCUACUCUUUCACUGUUUGGAUAAAAAAAAUUAAAAAUCAUUUACUCAGUAAGAUUUUAUAUGAAUAAUAUGGCAUUGAGAAACAAUAAAGAAAUGAAAAUUGGAAUUUUUGUAAAAUUCCUGAAAAGCUCAAUUUUGUUUAUCGUUUCAAGAGAGUCUAGUCCUUUUUAAGAGUAUUUGUAUUUUUAAAAAGCAAUAUGUAGCAGUAACUUUUUACCACAGGCAGCUUUUAAAAAAAUAAAUAUGUUUUGUCACAUUUUAAGAGGACUUCAUAUUUCCCUCCCCUCACCCCCACCACCACACCAAAACAACAUUCACAGGCAGGGUGCAUUUAAGCUUUACCUGAGCACAAAACUUUGAAAUUGGAUAAUUAGGGUCAAACACUAGGUCAAGUCGUAGAAAGACCUAGUUAACACUAAAAAAAUACAUUAUCCACCUGAUCUUCAUGAGACAUGGUCAGGAUGUUUGUUUAAAAUCUCUGAUAAAAAAAAAAUCACACGUGAAAAACUAGUUCACAAGGUCAAAUCUUUGAAGAAACUGCCUGAUUUACAUAAAACAUGGUAAGAAUAUUUGUCUCUAUGAAAUCAACAUUAAAUAAUAUCAGAGCAAUGUUCCUUUAAUGACCAUAUACAAAGUAAGAUUAUUCCAGUUUUGACAAAAAACAUUGCCAAAAAAGUGUGUAGUAACUUUUCAUAUAUGUAUAUGCAUAUAGUGGAUACUAUAUAAUCUUCUUGCCAGAAAACUGGCCAAAUUUUCAAAAUUGUUUAACAGAUAUUUUCCAUGUGUGACCCUGUGCCAAAAUUGUUCAGACUGUGAGCAGUCUAGGGCCAUCAUUGCUGUCUUUCUUACAUCCUCGUAUACCCACUAAUGAAUAUAAAAUAUAGUCUAUUGUACUGAAAGCUUACAUUACAUGUGCAUGCACCAUGCUAAUUUGGUUCAUUACAGUAGAUUUUGGAUAUUUGAAUAACCUAUUUGUCAGGACAAAAUAUUCAAAUAACAAGAGUAUUCGAAUACCAGAAUGCUAAAUUUUCUACAUUUUUGUAGUUCAUAUCACACCUAUUGAAGCACUGCAGUAUUUGUACCAUACUGUGGAUACAUCAAUAUAUUAUAUGCCACUAAAUUUAAUAUCAAGGGCCUCUUCACAAAAUAUAUGGCUUUGUAAAAUGUUUUUUUAACUUUGGCAGACCCGUCAAACCUGUGUUAAGCAGCCAGGAAAGGGUGUGACACAAUCUGGCAGCUUAAAGCAGGUGGCUGUUUAAUAAAAACAGUUUGGGAAGUCAGCUGACUUAAGGAUAAUGGCUACUUAACCUUUACCCUGUUAAACGUCUUAAAAGUAAUUUACUGACUGAAUAGCAAACAGUGCCGACCAUGAUCAGCCUGCACGGACAUGCAGGCUGAUCUUGGUCUGCACUGGUCGCAAAGGCAGAAUCACUUGCCGUCGGCAGGCUAAAGGUUAAUACAGGAGGCUGCUAAGGCAGGUUUAGUUGUACUCGUUUUGUUAACAGGUGUUUUUAGCUUGACUAUUCGAAGAAUAAGUAGAGCUGUCCUACUCACCACGGCGUGAGUGUCGGCGUCAGCGUCACACCUUGGUUAAGUUUUUCGUACCAGUCCACAUUUUGACAGAGUCUUUUGAGAUAAAGCUUUGAAACUUUCAACACUUUUUUACCAUCACCAUGACCAGUAUUAGGCAAGAGCACAUAACUCCAUCAAGGAUUUUGGCUGAAUAAUGGCCCCUUUUGACUUAGAAAUCAUGGUUAAGUUUUUCGUACCAGUCCACAUUUUGACAAAGUCUUUCGAGAUAAAGCUUUGAAACUUUCAACACUUGUUAACCAUCACCAUGUCCAGUUAUAGGCAAGAGUACAUAACUCCAUCAAGGAUUUUGGCUGAAUUAUGACCCCUUUCAACUUAAAAAUCUCAAUUAAGUUCUUCGUACCAGUUCAUAUUUUGACAAAGUCUUUUGAGAUAAAGCUUUGAAACUUUCAACACUUGUUUACUAUCACCAUGUCCAGUUAUAGGCAAGAGAACAUAACUCCAUCAAUGAUUUUGGCUGAAUUAUGGCCUUUUUUGACUUAGAAAUCUUGGUUAAGUUUUUCGUACAGUUAAUAUUUUGUGUAAUGUGUUUGACAAAUGGCUUUGAAACUUUUAUCGCUUGUUCGGUAUAAUAGUCACUAUCUGUAAGAAAGAGAACAUAACUCUGUCAUUUAUUUUGGAUGAAGUAUGGCCUUUUUGGACUUGGAAAUUUGUUCUGUUUUCAUACAAGUCCACGUUUUGUCAUAACUAUUUGACAUUUUGCUUUUAAACUUUAAACACUUGAUUAUUAUCAUGAUUUCAAUCUGUAGGCAAGAGUACAGAACUCUGACAACUAUUUUGGCUGAAUUAUGGCCCUUUUUGGACUUUGAAAUUGGUUCACACAUUGCCAUUUAGUGCAAGACUUAUCGAAAUCCACAAAUACAGGAGCAUUGUUUGUCUAAUCUUUUUUUUUGUUUUGUCUGAAUAUCUGUGGUAGUAUUUUGACCCCAUUCUUCAAUCAAUUCUUCGAAUAGUCGAGCGCGCUGUCAUCUGACAGCUCUUGUUGUAGGAUGUAUUUAUUAAAGUGUCGGCCUUGUACAAUUUCUCCUUCUUUGCAAUAUUAUAGUAAAACAAUCACUUUUGCACAUGGAUUGUGAAUUUCAAAACAAAAUUGCAGCAUUGACAGCUCUGUAUUUCUGAAGAGUAAUACUAUCCCAGUCAAUGUAUCACACAAAAACACUAUCAUCAACAAUAAACUUUUUUGCUACACAUCCAAGUAUCUAGUCCAUGUUUAAAUUUCCCACUCACAUCUGUCAUGGCCGCCAGUCUGGUGUGGUUUUUUAAAUUGUCCGCACAGAAAUGUAGUCCUGAAAAACACAGACAAAACAACUGUAAAAGACAUCAGAAAUGACACAAAAUGUAAACAGAGUCAAUAAAUACAUUUGGAAUUUAACAAGUUAAAGAAGAGAUGGCUUCAAAUUGGGAACUUUUAACUUUUAAAGAACUACUUCCUAGGAUACAAUGACCUGGAAGUACUACUUCAAUACCCGGGGUGACACCUUACUUUCUCAGAGUGGCCAUGUUUCAUAAAUUGACACUAUUCACAGGCAACAUUCCUGCAAGUUUAUACAUAUUUUUCUCAGCAGAUUUUAACACAAGUCCAGUUAACAUUCAACGAGAUGAGUGAUUUUUAGUUCUUUUGCUUGGAAAUUAAAGCUUUAGUCAAAUUUUGACAAUGAUUUUUAACAGCCAAAGCUCAAAUUAAGUAAACUUAGGGAUAUAUUUUCAACACCUUAUCUGUUGCAUCAAGUUUUUUAGAUCACACAUGUAUACAGUUUUGAAUCUCUGUUGCUGUUUUUUGUUGUUUAGCUGGGGUUUUUAAUUUGUUGUUGUUGUUUUUUUGUUUUUUUAAAUUAACUUACUGUGGCAUUUUAUUCCUUGUAAUCAAGUUUUGUAUAAUUAAAUUAAGUUAUUGCUAUGUUACUGUCUGUAUUUGUUUUAGAAUUACAAUUGUGAAAAAACA